UUCUCGCACUCAUUGUAGUCGGCCAUUUGCGAACACAAAAAACACCGACACCCUUUUCGGUUUGUUGGGAAACUCGCAUUUGCUUGCUGAGUUUCUGCUUUUGUUUCAGCCAAAUUUGUGCAAAAGACAUCCUUAUGAAUUGUGGAAGUGAUCAGUAAUAAAAUCGCGAAAGGAGUCGUUGUUAAUUCCGCCCAAAUACGAUUUAAAACUUGGUAGGGAAGUCUACGCUGCCUUCGUUGGCAUCUCGUGGUGUUCGUAGAUUCGUCGCGGGUGUGUGUGUGAAAAGGUAGGCAAAGCUAGAGUUGUGCAUUCGAGAAAAAUUGGAGUUUUCGUGUGAAUUGAGUUCGAGUCUAUGUUCCGGAAAGUGUUUCGGAUCGUGGCGAAUUGAGAAUCGAAAAAGAAUAGCGCUUGACGUGAAGGAAGCCUUGAGCCUCCGACGAGAUUCAUAAUGGAAGACCCCAACCGAAUGAUGGCGCACACGGGCGGUAUGAUGGCUCCGCAAGGAUACGGGAUGCCCGGCCAGGACGACGGGACGAAUGCAGGCGGUGAAAAUGAAGUGAGGAAACAAAAGGACAUCGGCGAGAUUUUACAACAAAUCAUGAGCAUAUCGGAGCAAUCGUUGGACGAGGCACAAGCCAGGAAGCACACAUUGAACUGCCAUCGAAUGAAACCAGCUCUGUUCUCAGUGCUUUGCGAAAUUAAGGAAAAGACAGUCCUUUCCAUUCGAAACACCCAAGAGGAAGAACCACCAGAUCCACAACUCAUGCGUUUGGAUAACAUGCUCAUUGCUGAAGGAGUAGCUGGACCAGAGAAGGGAGGCGGCGGUGCCGCAGCUGCAUCAGCCGCUGCAGCAAGUCAAGGGUCUCUGUCUAUCGAUGCUGCAGACAAUGCAAUUGAGCACUCUGACUAUCGUGCAAAACUGGCACAGAUUCGUCAGAUUUACCAUCAAGAGCUGGAAAAGUAUGAACAAGCAUGCAAUGAAUUCACAACACACGUAAUGAACUUGUUGCGAGAACAGAGCCGAACUAGGCCAAUCACUCCCAAGGAAAUCGAACGAAUGGUUCAAAUUAUUCACAAAAAAUUCAGCUCAAUUCAAAUGCAAUUGAAACAAUCGACAUGUGAGGCAGUCAUGAUAUUGCGUUCACGUUUCCUAGAUGCACGUCGCAAACGACGCAACUUUAGCAAACAAGCUUCCGAAAUUUUGAAUGAAUAUUUCUACAGCCACCUUAGCAAUCCAUACCCGUCGGAAGAAGCGAAGGAGGAGCUAGCACGAAAAUGUGGUAUAACGGUUUCGCAAGUGUCAAAUUGGUUUGGUAACAAGCGUAUUCGUUACAAGAAGAAUAUUGGAAAGGCUCAGGAGGAAGCUAAUUUGUACGCAGCGAAAAAAGCGGCAGGCGCUUCACCGUAUUCAAUGGCUGGACCACCAAGUGGAACAACAACUCCUAUGAUGUCACCGGCACCGCCUCAAGAUUCAAUGGGAUACUCAUUAGGAUCGGGUGGAUAUGAUCAGCAACAACCCUACGAUGGUAGCAUGGGUUACGAUCCGACCAUGCAUCAGGAUCUGAGUCCUUGAGGACGGUAUUUCGAUAAAUUUUAAAUUUAUUGAAAUGAAGAUGUGCGACGUGAACGUUGGUAGUAAGGAUAGGGUGAACACAACUAUACAUGAUAAAUUAAACCUAUUUAUAAAUAAAUACAUGCUAAAUGUUUUCUUAGGUUUAAAUUCACUAAAAUGAUGGCAAUCUAUUAGGUUAUUUCCGUUUAAAAUUCUGUUUCAUCAGAUUUUAUGUUUUAGUAGUUCAAUUGUUUCGUUAUGAACUUUCCCUUUCAAUUGCAUUAGAUAUCGUAUGCUUGGAAUAUUUCUGCAAAUUGCUGUGUUUUCCUCCCCCUCUGAGUAUUAUUAGUUGAAGUUCUUAUGAUCUGGUUUCGUCAAUAUUAUUUCGUAAUCUAAAUCAAACAAAGUUAUACGUAAUAUUUGAUAAGUGAAAUGAUAAGGACAUUGUGUUUAAAAGAUUCUGGAAAUCAUCUAAACAAACGAAAAACCAUGUAUACUAAUAUCUUCUUAAAAAGUAACUAUUAAUGAUUCUAUAUUCUACAUAUAUUGUAAGAACACUAACCAUUGUGAGUUGUAUUUAAACUGAAUUAUCUUUUAGCCCUUUUUUUUCUAGACAAAAUUUAGGACAUUAUCUACUUUGCAUAGAUAAUCAAAAAAAGAAAUAUGAAAACGGUUGUAUAACGAUAAACUAAGUAUGAGAAAUAUACAGUGAAAUUGUUACGUUUUACAUGGCCUGUCGGCGGAAUCUGUCUCCAAAGAGUGAAUUCUGCUGCGAAUGGUUUUCAUUUGGUCCAAUUUUUGAAUCGUUCUAUUCGGAUGCAUUUAAUUUUGGAUAAGAACAGCUUCUGAUGUGCAUAUAAUUUUUUUAUUCGGGCUGGCGCGUCAGAUCUGCACCACAGGAAAAUUUCUCAUGUGCCCAUCUCGCGGUGCUGCAAGUACCAUGAUUGAAACUAGUCGAUGGAUGACUUGCUCUUGGCUCAUGAUUACUUUUAAUUCUCAAUAACUUUUUUUUGUUAUCUGGUUGAUAAAAAAAACAUCAAAGCUGUAGAUCCGGCCAUUUCGGAGUGGCCCUUGUGAUUUUUUUUGAUGCUAUGGAGCCCACACUUUUUCUCUAGAGAUAAUCACUGUUUGGGCUCUGUUUGCGGGAGACUUCUUUAAAUCGACGGAGCAGAGUGAAUUCAUUUUGGAACCAGGAAGUGAUACUAGCGGAGAUUAUUUUAGGCAUCAAAAUGAUUGGAUUCAACAGCUUUCUUAUAUUGGGUUGGGGAAAAAGAAAUGUCGUAUUUGUGAUAGAAAUUUGACGCUUUAUUUAACAUACUUAGAAUUAUCCAAUUUAAGUCAAAUAUGCGCCGUUUUGUUGGCAAACUUGUUGCCAUU